AUGGAGACUACAACCGCCGUACAUGAUCAAGACACAGUCUUGGUGCUUUGGUUAUCUGUUUGUGUUGCCUCUACCCUGCUUCCCUGUCCACGUUCUUGCACGUGUAACACCAGCAGCUUGGAAGUGGAUUGCAGCGGUCGAGGUCUGACCUCUGUGCCCCCUGACAUCCCCCAAGAUACUCGAACUCUCCUGCUGCUUAACAAUCGCCUCAGCUCCCUCCCAGGAGGGUCCUUUGCUAACUUGAGCUCUCUACAUCGAUUGGACCUCUCUAACAAUUUUCUGGAUCAGCUGCCCUCACAGUUGUUGGGGGAGCUUGGAAACCUUACAGAGCUGAGGCUCCGCAAUAAUAGUAUUCGUGGGCUGGACCGUGACCUAUUGCAGGGGCUUCCUCUCCUGCGCAGGCUGGACCUUUCACUAAAUGGACUUUCACAGCUGCCUUCUGGCCUCUUUGAUGAUCUUCCAAUGUUGCACUGGCUCUCACUGCGAUCUAACCGACUACAGAGCUUGGACAGGGUGACUUUUGAGCCUCUGAAUAACCUGGAGAUUAUUCAGUUGGGGGACAAUCCCUGGGAGUGUGACUGUAACCUGCGUGAAUUCAAGCACUGGAUGGAAUGGUUCUCCUAUAGAGGGGGUAAAAUAGAUGAGCUGCAGUGCACCCUGCCCAAGGAUUUGCGUGGAAGAGACAUGCGCACUGUACCAGUUGAGAUGUUCAGCUACUGUUCACAGCUGGAAGAUGAGAACAGCUCUGGUCCUGGGGACAGGCAGGUGCCACCUUGCGCCAAAGGUAGCCCUGUCCCAUCUGAGCCAGAGCCAGCUCCGGACUGUCCCCAAAGACAGCGUUACCGGCCUGCCAGUGUCAGGCGUGCAAUUGGAACAGUGAUUAUAGCUGGUGUGGUGUGCGGUGUGGUUUGUAUUAUGAUGGUCGUAGCAGCUGCCUAUGGAUGUAUCUACGCCUCCCUAAUGGCCAAAUACCAUCGGGAGCUGAAGAAAAGGCAGCCACUGAUGGGGGACACUGAGGGCGAGCAGGAGGAACAAAGGCAAAUCUCCUCUGUGGCAUGAAGGUCCCACUCAUAAUUCCACCACUCGACUAGCUGUUACAAUGUAUCAUUCUCUAGGAGAGAAUGUGUCUCUGUGUACCCCUCUCUGAUGAUAUUGCAAACUGAGCCCUGUUGGCAACGAA